GUGUUUCCCUUCUUUCCCAUGAAUCCAAAGCGUCUUCAUGAAUAAUUUGAACGAUCCUCCCCACUGGAACAUCCAGCCGAACCGAAGGGAGCCUGGCGAUGAGGGCAGCAGGUGGAAUUAUGCGUUGCUGGUGCCCAUGCUGGGGCUGGCAGCCUUUCGUUGGAUCUGGACCAGAGAGUGUCAGAAAGAAAUAGAAAAAGAAAAAAAAGAGUAUUAUAAGAAACAGUCAUCUUUACAGAGGGAUCUGGAAGCCAAAUACCGGGAUAUAAUCACAGAAAAUCGACGCACAGUUGCUCACUUGGAACUGGAGCUUGAAAAGGAGCGCAACAGAACCCUGAGUUACCGUGAAGCACUGGUGUCCCAGAGCCGCAAACUUGUAGAAGAGAGAAGACUCCUAGAGCAAGAACAGGAGAAGCUAGAGCGAGAAAAACAGGUCCUCUUGCGCUCGGGAGCUGCAGGGAACUUGUACCAGAGUUACCUGGCAAAGGAAGAAGAGUGGCAAAAAAGAGCCAAUAUUCUACUGAAAGAGUUAGAAGAUGGACUUAAAGAAAGACAGGAAAUCUACUGCAGUCUUGUGGUGCCAAGAAACCAGAGACUAGAAAUAGAGAAAAAUCUGCUAGUUAAAGCAGCAACGGAUCCUGUUGCUGUGGCUCUACAAGUAGAGAGUGGCUUGAAAGAUAUUUUCAAACAUGAUAACUACUGUGGCAAUCUGCUGAACAGAAACAAAAGCCAAAAUGGAAGACUUAUGUGGCUAUAUCUCAAAUAUUGGGAACUAGCCAUUGAAGUACAGAAGUUCCAGAAGGUAGAAAAGGCCAUGUUAGGAAAAUGAUAGGUAGCAGAAGUCAUGAUCCACCAUGUGAUCCACCAUGGAUAAU